CUUGGGGUUGUUGCAGGUGUUGUGAAUGUACUCCUGACCACUCCUCUCUGGGUAGUGAACACACGGCUGAAGCUGCAAGGAGCAAAAUUUAGAAAUGAAGACAUUGUGCCGACCAAUUAUAAAGGCAUCAUAGAUGCCUUCCAUCAGAUCAUACGGGAUGAAGGAGCCUUAGCUUUAUGGAACGGUACUUUCCCUUCCUUGCUGCUGGUCUUCAAUCCUGCCAUACAGUUCAUGUUUUAUGAAGGCUUUAAAAGAAAGCUCUUGAAAAAGCAGACACAGAGAUGCUUCGAGAACCAAGAAGCAGGUAAUGAUACUGAACUGUGA